GUGAGGACAGAUCACUUUGAGAUAAAAGUUGCAGCUGCAGCAGACAUAAAAUCCUCCAACACGCUCAUCAGGCAGUUUAGAGAGUCCCUCCGCUGACUGCAGACUACAACCAGACUCUCUCUGAGUCUCUCAGACUCCCACGGUUUUGUACUAAAGCUGGAAAGAAGUGCAGCAGAUGAGGUUCUGUGGAAGAUUUGCUGACAGGUGCACCUGCUUAAUGAAGACGAUUUAUGUUGGACAGAUUUCUUACUGAAGCUCAACAGCGCUGAACUGAACUACACCCGCAAAAAUGACAGCUGCCACGAAGCUUCUGGACGAGAUGUGCCAUCUGACGGCUCAGUCUCUGACAGCAAUGGACACAUCGGAGCACUUUAAGGUCCUAAAGCUCCUGGGUGAAGGCUCGUAUGGCAAGGUCAUGCUGGCUGUACACAGGAAGAGAGGUACUCCGAUGGCCCUGAAGUUCUUCCCUCGGGAGUCCACGUCUCUUUUCUCUUUCCUGAGGGAGUACAACCUCUCGCUGUCAUUCUGCACCCACCCGUCCCUGACCAGAGCCCUGGGAAUCGCCUACUCAACACCUUCACACUACAUCUUUGCUCAGCAAGCAAGCCUCUUUGGCGAUCUCUACGAUGUCAUCUUGCCUGAGGUCGGUAUGGAGGAAGACUGUUGUCAGCGGGUGGUGUCCCAGCUGUGUGGCGCUCUGUCCCACCUGCACUCGCUUGGUUUUGUCCACAGAGACCUCAAACCAGAGAACGUCUUCCUGUGCGACUCUGCCUGCCGCUGGGUCAAACUAGGAGACUUUGGCAUGGUGAAGGCCAGGGGCACCAGGGUCCCGGAGGUCUGGUACAGCUCUCCGUACUGCACCCCAGAGUCCGAGAUCGCUCGCGGCAAUGAGGACAGCUGGAGGAGCAUGAGUGACGGGAAUGAUGAUGGCGUUAAUAAGGAGGAUGAAGAGAAGAAAAAGAGAGUUUGGGUGUCUGUGGAGCCCAGCACGGACAGCUGGGCGCUGGGGAUCCUGACCUACGCCAUGCUCACCGGCACUCAUCCCUGGGCUGAAACCACCAGCGACUGCCGCUCAUACCUGAAGUAUCUGGAGUGGUUUGACAGAGCAGAAGGCCCUGAUGAUGAACUGAAUGUGUGGGCAGAGCCGCAGGGCGAGAGCACACAGGAUGACGCUAAUUUAACCGGGGCAGAACUUGGAAAGAGAGGCCGCCCUCCGGUAGCGCCGCAGUUUGCAUGUUUCACCCCGCUGGCCUGCUGCUUCUUCAAGUCGCUCCUCGACCCGAGGCCGCGGCUUCGUGGGCAACCCGAGGUUGCGCUGAAUUACCUCGGAGGGGACUGGGUGAUGGAGAAGGAGAGUGCGAGGCUGGAGGAGGAGAGGAAGAAGAGCAGAGGGAAAGGAGCAAUCAAGAAGAUGAAAGAGAUGGAGGGGAGAGGAGAGAGAUGAGGUGUCAAAAUAAUGAGAACACUGAGAUAAUGAAGCAACUUUUGAUAACUUUUACAUGUGUUUUAUCAAGGAUAUGUGAUGUUUAGGUUCAAUUUAUUAAACUAAUAACUAAUAUUGUUUUUAGUUUAAAAGUUUAGCAAACCUAUUUUAUUGUGCCAUCAGGGUAAUAAGUUACGAACUCUAAACACAUAAACAUUCUCUAGGUUCAAGCUUCUCAAAUAUGAAAACAAAAAAAAAAUCUUAAUUUGAACGGUUGAUUAGAAAAAACAACACACAGCAUUUUUAGCUCUCAGAACAUGUUGUGGGCAUUUUUUCACAUUUUUAUAUUUUAAGUGGUUAAUCCAUUAAUCUUAAAUACUCAACAGCAAAAUUAUUAACAUGAACAUGUAGUGAACAGAAUUUGGCGCUGUUAUACUUCCUGCUUUGCUCCCGCCAUAAUUACUACGGCCGCUAGAGAGUGACGCCACCUAACAAUAAAACGUAAAAAUGCCUCGUAAUUGCGGCUUGCACAAGAAACUUAUGGAGUCGUUUUAUGGGGAGGACAGUCUCAAAAUUAUUGUUGCAGCCCAGACGAAAAGUCAAAAAAAAAAAGUCUAAUAUUAUUAUAUUUUAGCGUUAAUACAAACAAUACAAACCAAGAUGCUGUUCUUCAAAUGCAUCUGAAGGUUUGAGAGCUACUGGUGAUGGCAUUCGUUUUUGGCAGUUAAAUAAUUCAUUUAACAAUAUACUUUUGAGAAUUAAAACAUAGUAACUGUAGCUUAACGAUCACAUUCAAGUAACUUGAAAAAACAGUGUAGCAGCUGCAGCUCUGGGGAUCAUUAGUGUUUAUUUGUGCUGUAAUGCUACCAUGUCCUUGUAAAAGAUAUAUCUUUAGCUCACUGCAUCUAUAUUUGGGUUUAGACUAUUGAGAGGAUACAUCAUGUACUGUAUAUAGACAGCUGUAAACAUGUCUGAGAGGUGCAGUGCUAAAACCACAACACUUUUUUGACCCGGCUUCAAAGAAGAAGUUAAGUGUUUCAAAGGUCAGACAUAUUCAGUAAAUAUCUACCAAAGGCACUUUCUGUAAGUAAAUAUUCAUAUGCUGCAUGUAUUUUAGUAGCACUUGUGUAGCACUGGUAACACUGUUUGGUAUUUUAACAUGGUAGCACUUUGUACAUAACUGCAGAACUACGCCUUUUUUUCUUUUGUACUUUAAAUGUAUUAAAUCGAAUGUUUUAAGUUAGAAUUCAAUGAAUUAAGUUCAAUAUUGCACAACAAAAAUACUGCAAUACCAAGUGUUGCCGACUCAAUGUAAAUGUACAAUGCAAAAUACGUGUUUAUUUACUACAGACAUUUGCAGUCUUUAAAAUAUAAUCUAAAUGCAAUAAAGUGAUUGUUUUGG